UAGCUUUUGUUCUGCCAGAAAGAGCAAUUCGUGACUGCAAAACGAUAGAACCACAAGUUUUCUUUGCCGUGAACUUUGAUAUUCGACACAAAAACUCCCGUUUCUUUGCUGAUUUUCCCAUUUUGUGAAGUUAUCACCUCGAAUGUUGUCAAUUCGAGUUCAUCAGUGCGCCCGCAAGAGCCCUCGUCCGCACAAGAUUAACGAGCGGCGCCACGUGUGCAGCCCCUUUUUGUGGCAGCAGACCGCUGAACGCGAUCGCGGCAAGCAGCAGCCGCAGCAGCAGCAGCAGCCGACGACGACGACGACGAUUCCACAAAAAGUUGACCUCAUGACGAUGGCAGAAGGCACCGACCCCAUGGGGCAUCAUCAUCACGCCGCCGGCACACACAAUCCGCACUACCAUGCCCCCCAUCCCCAUCACCAUCCGCACCAGCCGCACCACCAUCCGCCGGGGCCGCCGCCACCGCACCACCAGCAGCAGCACCAGUACCAUCCCCAUGUCUACCCGCCGCCCCCGGUGGCGGCUGCAGCGGCCCACUCCCACUAUGCGGCACAGCUGCAGCAGGGGUAUCCGCAUCCCCACGGGGGCAUGGGCAUGCCGCUGGCCUUGAGCCUGCACCAGCAGGCGGCGGCAGCGGCCGCCGCGGCGGCUGUGGCAAGUGCCGAGCAGCAGAACAACAACAACAACCAGCCGUGCGUCGUCAACAACAACAUUGCGGCGUCGUGGAAGCAGCGCAAGCGGAAGCGCCUCUCGGCGGUGCUCGACCAGCUGCACCACAACCACAACGACACCAUCGAGAGGAGCAGCAGUCGCAGUCGCAGCCGCAGUCGCAGCCGCAGUCCCCAGAGUCCCUCGCCACAGGCUCAGGCACAGGCACAGCCGCAAAGCAAUGGCUUGGCCGCCUGCAAGACGGAGCCCAUGGAGGAGGACGAGGCAGCGGAGGAUCACGAGGAGCAGGAGUCCCGCGGUGAGGAGGAGUUGGAGGAGGAGGAGGAUGACUCCAUGGAGCAGCAGGAGCAGCGGGAGCAGGAGGAGGCUAAGUACAUCAAGAGCGAGCACACAGCCAGCGAUGGCGAGGAGGAAGCGGCUUCCGCGGAGGACAUCUCUGGCGAGGAUCUGGAGCUGUCGCACAGCGACGACAACGACGGCAACGACAGUCCUCGCAUCAGCAUGAGUCCGUUGCAACUGCAGGCUGCUGCUGCCUCCGCCUCCGCCUCCGCCGCCGGGGCUGGUGCUGACGCUGAUGCCGCUUCUGGAGCGGCUGCGCCACAGCAGGUCCCCAAGGAGAAUCCACUCCAUGUGGAAAUCAAGACUGAGAUCCCCAAUCCGUACGAUCGCUACUUUCCCAUCCACUCGCCGCUGUUCGGCUACUAUCUGCACACCACGUACUUGAACGAGGUGUUCCGGCGGCGCCACGAUCUCUACCCCUCCCCGCUGCAGCACACGCCCUCGUCCAUUGCCUCCGAGACGGAGACAUCGCCCCCGGGAGGAGGGGAUCGCAAGGGUCUGGGCAACCCGAGCGCCAGCCAGAUGCUGCCACACGCUCUCCUGGCGAACGCCUCGCCACCGCCGUCGCUGCCAUCGCCGCCGCGCAGCGAAUCGUCAGUGCCCACUGGCGGGGCAAGCAAAGCCACCACCGCCACGAAGACGACGCGCAGCCCCAAGCCCCCAACCGAGAAGAAGAAACGGGGAGCCGCCGCCGACAAGAAGAAGCCCAUGCCGCCGCCCCAGGAGCGUCCGCUCGAUCUGUGCGUCCGCAGUGAAACGGAGAUCAAGAAGUACAAAUCCUCGUCCUCCGGCGGUGGCAAUGCCUCGCCGCCGAGCGCCUCGAUGAUGCCACCGCCUGCUGCAUCGUCCUCGGCCGCAUCGAUGAGUGCCGCCAGCAGUCUGGAGAGCAUGAAUGCGCUGUCGCCAGCCUCCAGCAGCCACUCGGGGCACACGCCCAUCUCCGCCACCGCCAGCCAUGCCGCCCCGCCAUCAUCGAACCAGCAGCAGCAAAUGUCGCCGUACGCCAGCGCCAUGUCAGCGGCCCAUGCAGCAGCGGCGGCGGCAGCAGCGGCCAUGAUCAAGAUGGAGAUGCAUCCCCAUCCGCACCAGCAUUCGCAUUCGCACUCGCACUCGCUCCACCCGCACCACAUGCACCACCAGCAGCACCCGCACUCGCACUCGCACCACUCGUCGACGGUGGGCGUGCCCGUGAUCAAGGGGGAUGUGGCGUCCCCCACCACCAAGGAGACGGUGGCAUGGCGCUACAAUCUGGACGUGUCGCCCGUCGUGGAGGAGAUGCCGCCCGGCUCGGAUGUGGCAUACGUGUGCCCCACCUGCGGACAGAUGUUCUCGCUGCACGACCGCUUGGCCAAGCACAUGGCCUCGCGCCACAAGUCGCGCAAUCCCGCCAACGACAUUGCCAAAGCGUACUCCUGCGACGUGUGCCACAGAUCCUUUGCGCGCUCCGAUAUGCUCACGCGCCACAUGCGGCUGCACACGGGCGUGAAGCCGUACACGUGCAAGGUCUGCGGGCAGGUGUUCUCCCGCUCCGAUCACCUGUCCACCCACCAGCGGACCCACACGGGGGAGAAGCCAUACAAGUGCCCCCAGUGCCCCUAUGCGGCAUGCCGCAGGGACAUGAUCACGCGCCACAUGCGCACCCACACGCGGUACGAGUCGCGGGGCGGCGACAGGGGUGGCAAUGGUCGCGAGAGCCGCGAAGGUCGUGCCAACAUGGAGGAGCCCCCGCAGGAGUCGCCCCUUCCGCUGAUGGACAUGAAAAUGAACAUGAACAUGGGCAUGGGCAUGGGUAUGGGCAUGGGCAUGGGCCUCAAUAUGGGGGGCCACGGUCUCUCGCCCAUGAACAUGAGUCUCCUGCAGGAGGAGCUGCUGCAAAAGUCAUCCGCCCAGGCAGGACUGAGCCUCGGCGGCCCCAUGCCCAUGGUGGUAAAGACGGAGAGCGCCUAACAGCGGCGGCUGUACCUACAGUAUGCGGCAGCCUCGAGGCAGUUCAUGACCUUCUAAGACGGGGGGGAAAACCGUUCUUAUUUUUUUUUUGAUUUUUUUUUUUGAUUACCGGAAAUCUCUGCGAAGACUGAGGAAAACCUAAUUACUACCUACAGUUUAAAGAUAUAGAAUUACGAUCCCUAAAACAGACACAAACACACACAGACACAAGGGAGAACGAAAACGAAGAUAAAGAGAUCUUAAGAUAGAGAGAGAGAGGGAAAGAGAGGAGCGGAGAGGAGAGGAGAGAAGAGGAGAGGAGACCUACCACCCACCACCCAACGUAUUAGCGAUUAAAAACUAUGAUUCUACUACUAGUUCUUAGCGUCUUAAAACUAUGAUUCUAGUUCUAGUUCUUAGCGCGUAGCAUGUGGCAGAGAGCCAGAGAGCCAGAUAGCCAGAUAGCGAGUGUCGGUGGCAUCUUCGUGCGGAUACAGCUAGCAAAUUCCAUGUUCCACAAAAACACUUAGGCUUAAGAUACACUUCGGGGGUCAUCCUCCUCCAGCAUUUUCUUGUAAGGAAACAUUUUUGAAAUUAUUAAGCAACGAAAUGA